GGUUGGCAAUUCUUUAAUUAGCCGUCAAGCCGUCAACGCAAGUCUCGUCCGUCAAAUUCUGUAGUGCUUGUUGUACAAAAAUUUUACUUUUCCGCCAAAGUACAGAGUCAUUCUAGAUUUGCCAAAAUGGCAGAGGGCCAGGAAGAACCCAAGAAAAUUACAAUCACAGUUAAAACUCCAAAAGAGAAACAACAAGUGGAAAUCGAAGAGGAUGCCGACAUCAAAAAAUUGAAAGAAGUGCUGUCACCGAAGUUUAGUGCGGAGCCGGAACAGUUAUGUCUGAUCUUCGCCGGGAAGAUCAUGAACGAUGCUGACACUCUGAAGCAGCAUAAUAUCAAAGAUGGGUUGACUGUUCAUUUGGUGAUCAAAACUCCGCCAAGACCAGAGCCGGAGGGCGCGGCCCGACGCCCACCAGCAGACAUAAGCGCUACUCCUUUUGGGCUCAAUUCUCUGGGUGGUCUUGCGGGUCUUGAAAGCCUGGGACUUGGGCAAAGCACAUUCAUGGACUUACAGGCUCGAAUGCAGCAAGAGCUGUUGUCCAAUCCAGACAUGUUGAGACAAGUGCUAGACAACCCGCUGGUACAGCAGAUGAUGAAUGAUCCAGAGAACAUGAGGACUCUCAUCACAUCCAACCCUCAGAUGCAGGACCUAAUGGCUAGGAACCCAGAGAUCAGCCACAUGCUGAACAACCCGGAGCUGCUCCGGCAGACCAUGGAGCUGGCCCGCAACCCCGCCAUGCUGCAGGAACUCAUGCGUUCCCACGACCGAGCACUCUCCAACCUUGAGAGUAUACCUGGAGGCUACAAUGCUCUACAGAGGAUGUACAGAGACAUCCAAGAGCCAAUGUUGAAUGUUGCCAGCAGUAUGGCCGGCAACCCUUUCUCGGGACUGGUGGACAACUCUGAUGGCACAAACCCCCAACAAGGCUCGGAGAACCGGCAACCGCUGCCCAACCCGUGGCAACGCGGCGGCGGGACCGGGACCGGGCCCGGGGCCGGCGCCGGCGCGGGGACCGGCACCGGGCCCGGGCUCAUCAACACGCCGGGGAUGCAGUCGCUGCUGCAACAGAUGUCGGAGAACCCGCGGCUGGUGCAGUCCAUGCUGUCGGCGCCGUACACCAACGAUAUGCUGCAGGCCCUCGCUGCUGAUCCGGAGAUGGCCUCCCAACUCAUUAAUCAGAAUCCAAUGUUCGCGAACAAUCCACAACUGCAGGAUCAGAUCCGCACGAUGAUGCCACAGAUGCUUGCACAACUGCAGAAUCCAGAGAUGCAGCAAAUGAUGUCCAACCCACAGGCCCUGAACGCGCUGUUGCAGAUCCAGCAAGGCAUGGAGCAGCUGCGCGCAGCCGCGCCCUCGCUGGUCAACAACCUGGGGCUGGGCGUGGGCGCGGCGGCCGCCACGCCGCCCGCCAACCCGCCCGCCAACCCGUCCGCCAACCCUGCGCAGGCGCGGCAACAGAACAACUCGGAGCUGUUCACACAGUUCAUGCAAAGGAUGGUGUCGGCCAUGUCCAACAACCAGACGAACUCGUCGCAGCCUCCAGAACAGCGCUACUCGCAACAGCUGGAGCAACUCGCUGCCAUGGGCUUCCUCAACAGGGAGGCUAACCUGCAAGCACUAAUCGCGACCUUCGGCGACGUGAACGCGGCGGUGGAGAGGCUACUGGCGCUCGGACAGUUGUCCAUGAGCUAACAGUGAAGCGCUCAAAACUCGUUCAAACUGGCUACUACUACACUCGACUCUCAUCACCACACUCACAACUGUAUUUUUGUUAUAUCAUUUCCCUAUGUGGUCAAAAGUCCAUGACUGGGCCCAUAACCUUUCUAGUUAGUAGUAACUUUCAUCACUUACCUUAUUUACUUUGGCGUGAGACAAAAUGUUAGGGUUCCAUGUGAUUUGGUCAUCUUGAAAAUAAUGGUAACAAUUUUAUAAAUUAAUGUAUAAAACAUAAAAACUUUAACAAGUUGGUGACAUUUUGUCUCACGCUGUUUGAUGAAAUAAGGUACUUUUGUAACAAUGAUAGCCAAUUGCACCAUUUUGUUCUUAAUUUAGCUAUUUUGAUUGCCUUUUGAGCAAAUCGUUUGGCUUUUCCUACUCAAGGUAUUCUGGUUUUUCUUGUCUAAAUAAUACUAAUUCAAAGGUAUUAUUAGAUUUCUUUAUUUUUCCUUGCCCUGUAAAGAAAGAUUAUAUCACUUGAAUUAAAAUUGAUAAUGCAACUAUUCACUAAUAACAUGAUAAACAAAACUAAACAUAUAAAACACAAAAAAAAGCGCUUUGAAUUGGCUUAUUUCAUGUUUUACCGAAUUUAGUAAUAUACUCAUAAUAGCAAAAUGCAGUUGUGGAUGUCGUAUGUAGGUUCAUUUUCAUCCCUACGGCUAAAUUACUUCUUGGUAACAUACAGUAACUAUUGUAUAUGUAUAAUGUAAGCAGUGUUCCAGACAUUGUAUUGAUUAUUUUUGUGUCUAUAGAAUUAGAACCAAAAGUCUCUAGGGUAAUAUGAAGAUAGUUAUAAAUAUUCAAGACAGCUUACACUACGAAUUUCUUUCACACACCAAGUAUGUGUUGCACGUGUUUUUGAUCCGUGUCUUUAAAACUGAAACCAUUUUCGGUUAACUAGCUAUAAUGUCAAUAUACAUGCAAAUAAUAUAAUGCAAUAUUUGUGUAUAAUCACAGUGUGUGUAAGUAGCCAUGAUAUAAAAAGUCGGUUAAUUCUAAUUUUUUUAACAUCAUUAUUUUCCUUAAAGUAGGAAGGUGUCCUAAACUGCACUAUUAAAUUUCAUUCCUUCUUGUUUUAGGUGUUAUACAAAAUUGUUUUUAAGUAAUCAAUAGUAAUACUUACAUUUAUUUAAACAAAGCGCGGUGUACGCUUGUUCUAUUUACUGCUGUAAAAAAAUAUGGUUAUAUUAAUUUAUCGUUUAAUUUAAUUAGUUCACGCUGCCACCGUUGUGAACCUUUUCCGAUGGCCGCAUUGCGGAAGUGUCUGCGUAGGUUAUGUAAAUAUAUUCACGUCAGAAUAGUUAAAUAUGUUAUUCAAAUGACUGGGGUGAGCCUAUAUAGGUAGUUUCACAAAAUGUGUAGUAUAGUAUAAUUAUUAUACUUAAAAUAUCGGAACAUUUCCAUCCGUUCGUGGAAUAAGUACGUCGAAGAUUGAUUAAUAAAAAUGGGAAAUUAUUUGGCGGAUAGCGGUUGGUAAGGAGGGUUUAUAAAUAUUUUUGUAUUCACGAAACAGUCAUUAUUCUAAUUUGCGGGUUCAGUCAACAAAAAUAUUUUUUGUUUAUGCAUUAGAAUAUAUUUGUAAUAAAGAUCACAUUAAAUGGUGUUUUUUUUUAUAUUUCAUAAGCUGUGGUGGUAAAACUAUUGUAACUUUUUAAAGUUUACAUUUGUAGUGUACGCGAUGCGAUGGUUUUAUAGAUAAUAUGCAAAUUUUAUGUUGUAAAAUAGGAAGGACUUGGUGUUGCUCAGUUGUAUAAGGAAUACAUACACACCCAUAACCGUGUUAUCAACACAUGACAGCAUGUUUUUUUACUGAUUAUUAUUUACUUAUAUCAGAUUGUUUAACAAUUUCCUGUUUAAAUGUCGUGUUUGGAAUUGUUGUUGUGAAAUUCAAGUCUGAAAUGUUUAAAAGAUUGGGUUAUGUAAAAUAAUGUACAGUAACAAUGUUUUGUUUAACUCGCUAAAUCGUUUAACUGAACUCAAACUUUUUACAUUCUACAUUCUGUUUUCAUAUGAAAUAAACUCCCUAAGUUCUAUAAAGAUAUUGAUUUUUUGUUAGCAAAAAGAAACCAUGCAUGUGCUCUGUGAUGUAUUCUAGACUGCUAGAAAUGUCUGAAAUCGUAUGAAUCUGGGUGUAACAUUAUGACAGAAUGCAAUUAUUAUAAAUAAAUAAAAUUCAAUAAA